AUGGCGACGGAGACAAAGCAGGAUACGGACGGGGAUAUCAAGAUGGCUGACGGCAACGAUACCAACACUCACCAGGUGUCGCAUGAUGUCAAGAAAGGCAACCUUCUUGAGAUUGACGCGACUCGGGACAUCACCAGUGCGGAGCAUAACCUUGGAUUCUGGACAGCUGUGAAGCAAUACCCAACAGCAAUUUUCUGGGCGCUCUUUUUCUGUAUUUCAGUUAUCAUGGCGGGUUUUGAUGCGCAGCUCAUCACGUCGUUCUAUGCCCUACCCGCAUUUCAACGGCGAUUUGGGUAUGAGUACGAAGGCGAAUAUAUCAUCCCGGCUGAGUGGCAGACUGCAUUGGGCAUGGGGAAUCCCAUCGGACAAAUCCUCGGGGCUCUUGCGUCUGGCUGGCCGCUUGAGCGUUUCGGACGCAAAAAAACUCUAGCCGUGUGCUGUGUCUGGUCGAGCAUCUUCGUCUUCGUGCAGUUCUUCUCGACAAGUAUUGGAAUGCUAUGCGCCGGAGAGAUGCUUGGAGGGUUGGCCUAUGGAUUUUACGUCGUCAUCGGCCCGGUCUAUGCCUCCGAAGUCUGCCCUUUGGCACUCCGAGGUGUCCUUACAGCGUCUGUAAACCUGGCUUUCGUCAUCGGACAAUUCAUCGCCCAGGGCUGCGCGGCAGGCCUCGAGAGCAGAUUGGAUGAAUGGGCUUAUAGGGGUCCAUUUGCGGUUCAAUGGUUAUGGCCUAUCAUUUUGCUCGCAGGCUUGCCAUUUGCCCCCGAAAGCCCAUACUGGCUGGUUCGACAGCAACGAAAGGAGGAUGCCAAAAAAUCACUGAUGAAGCUCUCCUCCGCCAAACAUCGCCCAGACAUCGAUUCGGUUUUGCUUAUGAUUGAAGAGACGGAUCUCCUCGAAAAAGAGCUCGAAGCUACAACCACGUAUCUUGAUUGUUUUAGGGGUGUCAAUCUGAAGAGAACUGAAAUCUCAGUCAUGGUGUACCUUAUCCAAGUUAUCGGAGGCAAUCCACUCAUCGGCUAUGCCAAUUACUUUUUCGAGCAGGCCGGCCUCAAGUCGGCAGAUGCAUUUAACAUGGGAGUCGGUAAUACAGCCUUAGGUUUCGUCGGAACGUGCCUUUCCUGGCCUCUGAUGUCUUAUCUCGGCCGACGGACAAUAUAUAAUUCAGGCAUGGCCCUAAUGACGACGCUCUUAUUCAUUAUCGCCUUCCUCGAUUUCGGUCGGAGUAAUACUGCGGUCGUUUGGACACAAGCUUCGCUCAUGGACGUCUGGACCUUCGUGUACCAGAUGACCGUCGGGCCAAUUUGCUUCGUCAUCAUCUCCGAAAUAUCAGCAACAAGACUUCGUGGAAAGACAGUCGCCAUUGCCACUGCUGUACAAGCCGGUGCAUCCAUUAUUUUCACCGUGGCCAUCCCAUACAUGCUUAAUGCUGAUCAAGCGAAUUGGCGCGGAAAGGCUGGGUUUCUCUUUGGCCCUGUGAGCUUUUUCUGUCUUGUAUGGUGCUGGUUCAGAAUUCCUGAGAGUAGAGGACGUACUUUCGAGGAACUGGAUAUCCUAUUCGAAAGGAAGGUGCCUUCGAGGAAAUUCUCGACACAUAAUCUCCUCGAUACAGACGCGAAUGAGACGGCUUGA